AUGCACCCUGGACUGGAUUGGGCAACACAGCCAGGAGUGAUCUGGCAAUAACCUUUCCUUAUCUUUGGUUCUCAGUCUUGUCGAAUAACCCUCAAUAUGCUGUGAAAAUUACUCUCGAUGAGCGUCUCAUAGGAGGCAGAGUUGGAGAGAGAUGCACAGCUAGUUACAGGUGUGGGAGGUGGUGCUUCCUGUUAUGCUGCGACUUGCCCACGCACUGUGUAUAGCUAUUCAGUAACCGUACACGAUGUGAACUUCUCUCUCUCUGCAUUCCUUUCCACUGGUUAACACGUGGACAAUUUGCAACUGCGUUCUCGAUUUUCAUCUGCCAAACAACGAGCGAUAGAAACUUUCUUUGCUUUUCUUCUCAUCAAGUACUUAUUCCCAAUUCAGGUCGCCUCUGCUUGUCUCUGUGACCCAAAUAUGAGUUUCUUGUGUUAGUUGGAGUUCUUGGUCUGCUUUUCCUGCUACAAUCAGCGACGACCGUAAGAAUAACUCGCCACUCUCUUGUUUGAGUCUUCAAAUGGGAGAGGCAAACCAGGGAAAGACUGUGCAAACCAAACUUUCCAAGCUAGACGAUGAAAACCCAAGAAACCUUUUGCUGAGAUUCUCACCGGAGAAACCGAAGCAAACCCAAUUAUUACCCAAUUCUGAACCACAGCUAGACCUCAGUCUCAGACUCUCUUUGGGCGGAGGUUACAGUGAACUCUUCAAGGAAAAGCCUAUAACCCGGUCAUCUUCGGUCGAUGGAAUAAUAACGGAGAAGGUAAAUGCCUGCGAAUCCGACUCGACCUUGCCGGGAAUCUUUCUUUCUUUGCAGAGAUCUUGCUCGCUUCCUGUGGAUAAUGUGCAAGGGCAGAUUAAGCUCAAGGACAUGCAAACAAAGAGGAGAACGGAGGCCCAGAAGAGGCUGGUUGAGAAGCAGAGAAGAGGCAGGGCAGCCCCAGAGGAAGCAAAGCCUUCAGCUGAGGCGACGGUGCCACCACCGACACCUACGUCUGAAGUUGCUGCCUGGGCAGUGGCUUCUGCGGCGAGGAGCCCCGCAUUUUGUCGGGCCAUUAUAAAGAUCAAAACGGAGGGAUUUGUGUCUGGGCACCGAAAACUUGAGGAUGGAGAUGUGGCUGCAGCAAAUGGUGCUCAUAGUUCUCACUCAUUGCCUAAUCCAAUGGACACUAACCCUGUGGUCAUUCCUGGAGCAACAGCAAAUGGAAUAUCAGUCGAACUUUCUAAGCCUAAGCUGGAGAAUCUAACCAAGAAGGUUAAACUUUCUAAAGGCUGCUAUCAGGACAAUGGGAUGGAUGUGAUGAGACAGAUGCCUAGCGUGACUACAACUGGAGAUGGCCCCAAUGGUAAGAAAAUUGAAGGGUUUUUAUACAAGUACACAAGAGGUCAAGUGAGUAUAGUAUGUGUUUGCCAUGGUAGCUUUCUUUCUCCAGCUGAAUUUGUCGAGCAUGCCGGUGGGAAGGAUGUCAAAAACCCAAUGAAGCACAUCAAUGUUUUCCCUAGCUUCUAGUCCUUUUAGGUAGUUUACUGGUGGUGGCUGUGGUCACCCCUUCUGAAAUGAUAGCAAAUCAACAACCUGAACCUAUUAAGAAGCUUUUCUGUUUUACUUCUCUUUUGCCCUCAAAUGUUCGGUUAAAAUUGAAAACUUCUAAGUUACCAUGCCAAUUUGAAGCUUCUUAGUUUUCUUUCAUCUGAUAAAGCUUUUUAUUAAGGUUAUAGGUUAACAAGGCAUUAUGUUUAAAUGAUGUAUCAUGCCGUCCCAUAUAAUACUUUAAUCCAUGUAUUUAUGGGCGUAAAUGUCUGAUCAUGCUGAAGCAGACCAUCUUGAACUGAGAAGCAAAAUAAGUAUGUAAAGGAGGUGAUCAUGCAGAUUUCUAGAUCUUGUACCACUUGGUCAGAAAAAGAAUGGUCUAAUCAAUCUUUGUUUC